UCUCUCUCUCUCUCUCUCUCUCUAACUGUAUCUCCUUCAACCUCUUGUUUUCAUACUCUUUUCUUUUGUCUGUGUGACUUUUCUAGUUUUGCAAAGCUCAUUCAAUUCUUCAGUUUUCUGUAAAAAUCAAAGCUUUUUGCAAUCAUUCUCCGGGCCAGAGUUUUCUUUUAACCGGCGCAAGCUUUUGUCGAGCGUGAUUUAUCACUGGGUUUGCAUAUUUUUCCUGGUGGGUAUUCUUCUAAUUGUUCAAAGUUCCGACCUUUAUUUUUAUAAAGAGUUUGGUCACUAGAAUCUGAAGCUGGAGAGACUCGAGUUUUUAUGGUUUCAAGCUUUAUUGAGUUGUGUAGAAGAAAGGGUUUGGAGUUUCGCGUAAGUUAUUUGGAGUUUCAGAGAUAUUCUGGUUUUGGGUUAGGUGAGACCUUGUCUAGCCUGGGAGAUAAAUGAUGAAUACGAGUGAUUUGGGUUGGGAUGAUGAAGAGAAGCCGGUGGUUAGUGCCGUUUUAGGGCAUUUAGCUUCAGAUUUUCUUCGAGCAAACUCAAAUUCGAAUCAGAAUCUGUUUUUGGUUAUGGGAACUGAUGAUAAUUUGAAUAAGAAGCUCUCUAGUCUCGUAGAUUGGCCCAACUCGGAGAAUUUCAGCUGGAACUACGCUAUUUUCUGGCAACAGACCAUGUCUAGAUCCGGGCAACAGGUCUUAGGUUGGGGAGAUGGGUGUUGUCGAGAGCCUAAUGAGGCCGAGGAAUCAAAAGCUCUUCGGUCUUAUCAUUUUAACAACCUGGGAUUAGAGGAAGAGACAUGGCAAGAUAUGAGGAAGAGAGUGUUGCAGAAGCUUCAUAGGUUGUUUGGUGGAUCUGAUGAAGACAAUUAUGCUUUGAGCUUAGAGAAAGUUACUGCUACUGAGAUUUUCUUCUUAGCUUCUAUGUAUUUCUUCUUCAAUCACGGUGAAGGUGGUCCGGGGAGGUGCUAUGCUUCAGGGAAGCAUGUUUGGCUCUCUGAUGCUGUUAACUCCGAGUCUGAUUAUUGUUUCAGGUCUUUCAUGGCUAAGUCUGCGGGAAUCAGAACGAUCGUCAUGGUUCCUACUGAUGCUGGUGUUCUUGAGCUUGGUUCUGUUUGGUCUUUGCCUGAAAACAUUGGCUUGGUGAAGUCUGUUCAAGCUUUGUUCAUGAGGAGAGUUGCGCAGCCUUUGACGGUGACUUCAAACGCUAACAUGAGUGGUGGCAUUCACAAGCUCUUUGGGCAGGAUUUGAAUAACUUGGAACAUGGAGCUCGCGCAUAUCCUAAGAAGCUGGAUGUGAGAAGAAACUUGGAUGAGAGGAUCACUCCUCAAAGUAGGGAAGGCUGUAAUCAUAACAAGGGUCAAACAUUUGGUGGUUACACAUCUCAGAGACAAGACGUGAUAGUGCAAGAGAAUGUGAAUGUGGUUUUAGAUGAUAACAAGUACAAGAUGCAGACUGAAUUUGCGGGAUCAUCCGUUGCUGCUUCUUCGAAUCCAUCUACAAAUACUCAACUAGAAAAAUCAGAUUCUUGUACCGUGAAAAGACCAGCAGCCUUAUUAGCAGCAUCAGGAGCAGGAACGGUUUCUGUUGUUGAUGAGAAGAGACCGCGGAAACGAGGAAGAAAGCCUGCAAACGGAAGAGAAGAGCCACUGAACCAUGUGGAAGCUGAAAGGCAGAGACGCGAGAAACUUAACCAAAGGUUUUACGCAUUACGGUCAGUUGUUCCAAACAUUUCCAAAAUGGACAAAGCUUCGCUACUUGGAGAUGCAAUUUCUUACAUCAAAGAGCUUCAAGAGAAAGUAAAGAUCAUGGAAGCUGAAAGAGUAAGAACAGAGAGCAGCUUAUCGGAAUCAAACCCGAUGGCCACAAGAACAGUCGAAAGUCCAGAAGUUGACAUUCAAGUUGUGAAUGAAGAGGUUGUUGUAAGAGUAAUCUCACCGUUUGAUUCACAUCCAGCUUCAAGAAUCAUACAAGCAAUAAGAAACUCAGAGGUUAGUGUAAUGGAGUCUAAGUUAUCAUUAGCCGAAGAGACAAUCUUUCACACUUUUGUGGUAAAGUCUAACAACGGGUCGGAUCCAUUGACGAAAGAGAAGCUUAUAGCAGCGGUUUACCCGGAAAUAAGCUCGACGCAGCAGCCAUUACCGUCUUCUAGUUCACAGGUUUCUGGUGAUUUCUAGGUCUCACUCACAUGAUGGUGAAAGCUUCAUUGUUCCAGUAUAGAUAACUUUCGUCAGGUUCAACUAGAAAUAGAUAAAAAAUCCUUUUUUCUUUACUCUUUUCUUAGAGUGAAAGGAAUCCAGUUUUCGUAUAUCCGCUAACGUUAUUAUACCUAUGUGAUGUGACUAUGUCGAUGAUUAAUUCACAUAUUUGUAUCUUGGGAACAUUUUUUCCUACUUAAGAAAACGAAAUAAAGUAGUAAGAAAGAUAUAUUUGACUUUA